AUGGUGGAUCUCGAACAAGCCUUCCGACGAAUGAGGCAUUAUAACUUGAAGAUGAAUCCAGCGAAGUGCGCGUUCGGAGCGGCCUCCGGAAAUUUUUUGGGUUUCAUGGUGCAUAAUAAGGGCAUUGAGGUGGAUAGUAACAAGACGAAAGCUAUCAUCAACGCCCGACCGCCUGAGAAUCUGAAACAACUUCAAGGAUUCCUUGGGCAGUUGCGGAAAACAGAAGAGUUCGUAUGGGAGCCGCUACACCAACUGGCUUUCGAAGCCAUUAAAGGAGCUAUGGCCAAUCCACCAGUGUUGAUGCCUCCGCAAGCAGGCAAACCUCUGCGCUUGUAUGUUUCCGCCACUGAGAAUACGGUUGGUUGCUUACUGGCGCAUAAAGCUCCCGAUAGAAGCGAACGUGCCAUUUUUUACCUCAGUAAGGUUGUUGCUAACUUUCUAGCAGAUCAUCGGAGUCCGGUGGCUGACCAAGCAGCUUAUCGCAUGGAAGCUGGUAUUAGUCCGAUGCCUUGGAUCUUGAAGUUCGACGGGUCCAGCACGCAGACUAAUGCUGGGGCUGGUGUAUUCAUCGAGAGUCCCUGUGGACAAAAGUGGACUGUUGCCAGGUCAUUAACACCCGGAUUCACUAACAAUCAAGCAAAAUACGAAGCCUUAUUAGUUGCAUUGAGAAUCCUACAUAAAAAGGGGGCUAAGGCGAUCAGAUUUCAAGGCGACUCACAGCUAAUUUUGAAGCAGAUUACUGGAGAGUUCCAAUGCAAAGAUGAGAGGAUGAGAAAUCUUCGAAUGGAAGCAGUUAGGAUGUUGCAAACUUUCGACGACGCGGUGGUGGAAUUCAUACCUCGAGCCAAAAACAUAAUAGCUAAUGAUUUGGCUCAAGAAGCAUCUGGGUACAAGUCAUCAGCCGCAGGAAACUUCAAAUCAGGUCGAGUACAUCUGUACCCAGUAGAUACGGAAGACUGGCGUAUGGAACUGAGGAAAUAUUUGGAACAACCAACCGGUGAAACUCCGGAAAAGCUGCGGAAAGAGGCUCUGAAGUAUCCUCUGAUUGACGGAGAUCUUUUCCGCAUAGCCACCGAUGGAAUGUUAAUGAGAUGCAUAGAUAAUCAAGAAGCCAUGAAGGUGAUGGGUGAGGUGCAUGAAGGAAUUUGUAGAGCACACAAAUCCGGGCCAGUCAUGAGAUGGACGAUCCGACGAUAUGGGUAUCUCUGGCCAUCAAUGAUAGAGGAUUGUAUCAAGUACGCUCAAGGAUGUGAAGCGUGUCAGCGACAUGGUCCUCUGGUCCAAAUUCCGGCGGAAGAAAUGCACGCAGUGGUGAAACCAUGGCCAUUCCGGGGAUGGGCGAUGGAUAUCAUCGGGAAGAUUCACCCGCUAUCUUCUAGACGCCACUUGUUCGUAUUAGUGGCCACGGACUAUUUCACAAAAUGGAUAGAAGCUGUACCGUUAGCCAAUGUGACAUAUCAGGAAGUGACCAAAUUCAUUAAGGAGCACAUUAUUCACCGGUACGAAAUCCCGCAGACGAUUACCGCCGAUCAAGGCCGCCUUCACCGCACAGCAAAUGGGAAGGCCGAAGCAGCCAACAAAUUCUUAAUUGGGGUAAUAAAAAAGGCCAUAGAAGAUAACCCGAGAAGAUGGCACGAAGUGUUAGGGGAGGCUUUAUGGGCUUGCAGGCAAUACCGAAAUAAAGCCACUGGUUGCACUCCAUUCCAACUGGUUUAUGGAGAAGAAGCGAUAUUGCCGUUGGAAAUCACGGUGCCAUCGUUACGAGUGUUAAAGCAAAAUUCGCUUAGUCCCGAGCAGUACGACACAACGAUGUUACAAAGAUUGGAUGACGUGCACGAGGAUCGGAUGAUGGCUUUGGAGAAUAUCAGGGCAAAUAAAGUGAAAGUAGCGGGAGCCUACAACACAAAGGGGAUCAGACUUGUCGGGGGCGGAAUUGGAUGUUCGAUAGUUGGAACUGUUCCACCAGGAACUGGCACCGCAUCCACUGGAGUUGAAACGUCGAAGGUCGGGGCUGCUCCAUCAACGAUCGGAAUUGGACCUGCAGAAAUGAGACCCCCCGAAGAUAAAGUUGCUCCACUAGAGCUCGAAGCUACACCGGCUAAAGCUGAGCCCUCUGGAAUCGAUGCUGCUUCCUCGGAGACGAGGACUGCUGAAGUCGAAGGCGAUUCGGAAGCAUUAUGGUCUGCUGCCACUUCUAAGGCUGACAUCAAAUCCCUCACAACGUGA